AUGGCUUUAGAGACGCAAGUCAAUAUGCCUUCGCUACCGCCGUUUAUAUCAAAAAUCAGUUCCUCCCAAGGAGUUGUACAUACUCACCUCUUAGCAUCCAAAACUCGCGUCGCUCCGGUUAAGACGAUCAAGAUUCCGAAAUUAGAGCUUUGUGCUGCUGCACUAACGAUUAAGCUCAUCAACAAAAUACAAGAUGAAUUAGGAAAAAAUGUCAUUUCGAUCCACGCAUGGUCUGAUUCCAUGAAUGCUUUAACUCAUACGCACAAUGAUCGUAGUUUGUUCAGUAGUUUUUCAUCCUUGACUCGACUUUGUAGAGUCGUAGCUCGUUGUUUACGCUUAAAAUACCUUCUCUUACCAAAUCCUGAGCGUACCGUACUGUUACAUCAACUACUCAAUACAGAAGAACUCGAACGCGCAUUCCUGGCCACCGGAAAACGCCUUCAACAAAAGAUUCCUCUGGCUCGAUUGAACCCCUUCAUUGAUUCGAAUGGAAUUGUAAGAGUUGGAGGGCGGUUGGCUAAUUCUCCAUUACCUUAUGACCAACGCCAUCCAGUCAUUUUGCAUGGAAACUGCUUAUUGUCCAGACUUCUUAUCGAUUGGGCUUAUCGCACAGCCCUACACGGAGGGUUCCAACUAACCUACGCGUACGCAGUUCGCAGAGCUUGGCUUAUUCGAGCUAAAGUUCAAGUGAAAGCACAUAUUCGCACUUGCAUCACUUGCGCUCGAAAUCGUGCUCAAAAAUCUGAACAAUUAAUGGGGAACCUCCCACCCGAGAGAGUUACUCCAAGUUUCCCUUUCGAGAAAACUGGGAUUGAUUACGCAGGGCCUUUUGCCGUAAAACGAACACCAGGACGUGGAUCGCGAACUGUUAAGGGCUAUAUAGCUCUUUUUGUUUGUUUAUCUUCAAAAUCCGUACAUCUUGAAGAGGUCGGCGAUCUUACCACUCAGUCAUUUUUGGGUGCAUUGCAACGAUUUGUUGGACGCCGCGGCAUUCCUCACGAACUGUGGAGUGACAAUGCAACAACAUUCCACGGGGCUGAUGCCGACUUACGUUCUAUGUUACGAGAGGCUGAAAUCGAUUGGAAUUUAGUGGAAAACACAUUAGCUAAUCAACAAAUAAAGUGGAACUUCAUCCCUCCUUUAGCUUCCCAUUUCGGAGGCUUGUGGGAAGCGAACAUAAAAUCCGCUAAAUCCAUUAUGAGAAAGGUUAUUGGAUCCCUUCCUCUUACCUUUGAGGAAUUAUCUACACUAAUGGUUCAGAUUGAAGCCUGCAUGAACUCCCGACCUCUUCUGCCUAUCACAGGCGGUCCAGAUGAUUUGGAUUACCUGACACCGGGCCAUGUACUAAUCGGUAAACGUUUAAAACAGGUACCUAAGCCAAGCAGUUCAAAUAAGUUGAGUGUUUAA